UGUGUGGUUGCUUUAUUAUUUCGAUAUGGAACAGAUUUCUAGAGAUUGCUGCAUUGAGCGCAGGUCAGUUAUGUAGCAGGACCGUCUGGUGUGCGGCUGACGACAUGAAAUUACAAGCCAGCCUGCGGGGCCGGGGCCGCGGGCCGGUCCGGUCCCUCUCCCGCCCGCAGCCGCGGGGCUCCGGCCUCGCCGCCCCCGCCCCAGGGCUGAGCGCUCGGAGCCAGCAGGCGGCAGGAUCGCACGCAGCCCUCCAAUCGGGGCAUCUUAUGCAAAUGAGGAGCCCUUAUUUGGGAGAAGUCUCCGCCCCCUUCCCGCUCUGUGCGCUCCCCUCGCUGUAACCCAUUCAUGGUGGCCACUUUGGGAAGGAUCGGCGCUUCCCAGCCGUAGUGUGUAAUCAGACUCUCUUUAGCUCCAUUUCUUCCUUUCUUUUACAAUUUAUCCCGCUUCUUCUUCCUGUUUUUUUUUUUUUUUUUUUCCUUCUCCUCUGGAUUAGGCAGCAAUCAAUUCUCCCUGUGUCUGAGAAACAGGUGAUCCUUGUUAACUGCUAUCAGUUUCUGGAUGCAGUUUGCUCUCCUGCGUUUGAAGGAUAAUGACACCAGGCAAGACCGAAUCAGCAUAACUUUUACUUUGCAAGAGGAAAAACUUUUUUUCCCUAUUUGAAGGCAUUAAAAACACGUAACAUUUAAAGACAGAAGAAGUUGGUUUUAAAGCUGAACUUCUCCACUUUCUGGGAUUUGUGUGUGUCAACUUCAAAGGCUGCGUCUUUUUUUUUUUUUCUUCCUCCUCCCUUAUCUCCCAAAAGGAAACUGUUGCUAGUUGGAAUAGACUUUUUAAAUGUUUGGGAUUCAAGAUACUUUAGGAAGAGGACCAAUUCUGAAAGAUAAAUCUCUAGGUUCUGAAAUGGAUUCCGUCAGGUCCUGGGUCAGAAACGUUGGGGUUGUGGAUGCAAACGUAGCAGCACAAAGCGGAGUAGCUUUGUCCAGAGCUCACUUUGAAAAGCAGCCACCCUCCAACUUGAGGAAAUCCAAUUUCUUUCACUUUGUUCUGGCUCUCUACGACAGACAGGGGCAGCCCGUGGAAAUAGAGAGGACAGCUUUUGUGGACUUUGUAGAAAAUGAUAAAGAGCAAGGCAAUGAAAAGACGAACAACGGCACACAUUACAAACUCCAGCUUCUUUAUAGCAAUGGUGUCAGGACUGAACAGGAUCUCUACGUUCGGCUCAUCGAUUCAGUCACCAAGCAGCCCAUCACUUAUGAAGGACAGAACAAGAACCCAGAAAUGUGCAGGGUUUUGCUUACCCAUGAAGUCAUGUGCAGUCGGUGCUGUGAGAAGAAAAGUUGCGGCAACAGAAAUGAGACACCUUCUGACCCCGUGAUCAUUGACAGAUUCUUCUUAAAAUUUUUUCUCAAGUGCAAUCAGAAUUGUUUGAAAACAGCAGGAAACCCAAGAGAUAUGAGACGGUUCCAGGUUGUGCUAUCGACAACAGUGAACGUGGAUGGGCACGUGCUGGCGGUGUCUGACAACAUGUUUGUUCACAACAACUCCAAGCAUGGACGGAGAGCAAGGAGACUCGACCCCUCAGAAGCCACACCGUGCAUCAAAGCGAUCAGCCCAAGCGAGGGCUGGACUACAGGGGGAGCGAUGGUGAUCAUUAUUGGAGACAACUUCUUCGAUGGGCUGCAAGUUGUGUUUGGAACCAUGCUCGUAUGGAGUGAGCUUAUCACGCCUCAUGCCAUUCGAGUUCAGACACCUCCACGUCACAUUCCCGGAGUGGUAGAAGUGACAUUAUCAUACAAAUCCAAACAGUUCUGCAAAGGUGCACCGGGCAGGUUUAUUUACACAGCUUUAAAUGAACCUACCAUAGAUUAUGGUUUCCAAAGACUGCAGAAGGUCAUCCCAAGACAUCCUGGUGACCCUGAGAGACUAGCAAAGGAAAUGCUGUUGAAACGAGCUGCUGACCUAGUUGAAGCCCUGUACGGGACGCCACACAACAACCAGGACAUCAUCCUGAAGCGGGCGGCGGACAUCGCCGAGGCGCUGUACAGCGUCCCGCGCAACCCCGCGCAGAUCCCCGCGCUCUCCAGCUCUCCCGCUCACAGCAGCAUGAUGGGCAUCAACUCCUACGGGAGCCAGCUGGGGGUCAGCAUUUCCGAGUCCGCACAGGGGAACAACCAAGGUUACAUUCGCAACACAAGCAGCAUCUCACCGCGCGGUUACUCCUCCAGCUCCACCCCCCAACAGUCCAACUACAGCACGUCCAGCAACAGCAUGAACGGCUACAGCAACGUGCCCAUGGGCAACCUGGGCGUGCCGGGCUCGCCCGGCUUCAUCAACGGCUCCCCGACCGGCUCCCCGUACGGACUCAUGUCUUCAAGUCCAACAGUUGGCUCCUCCAGCACUUCUUCCAUCCUCCCAUUCUCCUCGUCCGUCUUCCCCGCUGUCAAACAGAAGAGUGCCUUUGCUCCUGUCAUCAGACCCCAAGGGUCUCCUUCCCCUGCCUGCUCCAGUGGCAAUGGAAAUGGGUUUAGAGGUAAGAAACGUGCAAUUACUAUUCACCUGCACACGUACAGCCCGCUGUGUUAGUCCAGGUAAAUACAGUAAUCACCUGAAUAGCAUCACACUGAUAUUACAGCCUCAGUGGUGAAAAUCUGACCCAGUCCCACGGGAUCAAAGCAAUGCUCCCAGCUUUGUCUGGUUGGUUUUAAACCAUCAGGGACAGACACUCAUUUACACCGAGAGGGAUUUCACCCCGGCUGCGUUUCACUGCCAGCUCUUUCGUGAGGAAUGACUUCUCCUUGGGCUUCAGGGACCUGUAAAGCAACCGUCUGCCGGCAGAGUUACUGCACAGCUCUGCACGGACACAACGGCCAGAGCCGCCAAACCUGGGCAAGGUUUAGGCCCAUACCGGGAAUUGAGCCCUAUAGGACAUUUACAGCCUUUUUAAAGGUGAUCUGCAAAACAAAUGUGAGUAUUAAGAUAAGAAUGGAAACCUGUACUAAAUUCUUUCUUUUAACAGGCUGUGGGGGGCACGCGGCACAUAAAUAUGCUCCAAGUCUCCAUAAAAAAACCUUUAUAGGGCCUGAGAAGUCAUCUGGCUCCUUCAGACUUCACUAGAGAUACCAGAGCAAACACAACUCUGGGAAUUGAGCCAUGCCAAGAGCCAGGGGUAAUUCUGAAAUGAGCCCUACAAACCGCACCUGUUGACUUGGGUGCAUUAUAAAUCCUUAGCUAGGCCACAGGGACUUACAUAAACUGUGAUUAUUUUAUGUAAUAAGGAAAUUCUAAGUCUGUUGAACAAAAACAAUUACAUUUUUAAAAGCUAACUUACAGAAUUCUGAAACAGCGUCUUCCUGUCCCAAUUACAUGAAACUCUGUGCUGCUCUGAGAUUGUCUUCUCCCAUUAAUGUAAGACAUUGUUCUACCCUGUAAAUGCCCGGGUAUGGGAAAUGCCACGCUGACAGGGGAUAAAACUUGUUUCCCACUCUGUUUAAAGAAGAUGAAAAAAAGGAUUUGAAGCAAUUUUUUAAAGUACAAGUAUAGAAAGUUUUGUUGGAACAACAGUUGUAGCUGUUUCUUGAAAUUAUUUAGGAAUGGUUUAUCUCUGUUAAUGUUUUGUAUGAUUAUGGUGUCUAAGGAGAAAAAUCACUCAGAUUGUUUCUGGGAGGCAGAAAAAGGACAGAUUAAAAAAUACUUCACAUUUAAGUUAAUACUUUUCCUUUAGCUCCCCUGUCUGUCUGGUCUCUUUUUUAACCCUUUUGUAAACAGGUAAAUACUAGAGACCAUUUGAUGCUAUUCAUGCCACUUAGUGUUUACAACAUAUUUUAUCCACUAUAAAUUAGUAAUCAAUAAGAGAUUCUAAAAUUGAACUGUAAUAUUAAGUAUAACAUAAAAUCUCAAAGCUAAAAGCCCAGUCCUCACACUCAUGCAUUUUUACUGACAAAGGUGCGCUCUUGAGGUGUUCAGGAUCAAUCUGUCAGUUCAGGUUAUGGAUUACUUACUGAAAUAGCUUAUACAAACAGAGCUGCGGUGACUUGGCCACAGAUAAAUGGAUGCAGAAGUUAUGAAGCAGAUCCCUUUCUUGGUGGGAUGUCUCCUUAUACAUCAGCGCCCUGAUACACAAAUACAGUAAUACACUACAACUGUUAUUUAAACAAGUUUUCAGAGAUACAGUACCUAGUACACCUUGUACUUGUCAGUCAGACGCAACAACAAGACAGACCAGGUGUGGCUCCAGCUCAGGCAGUGGCUGCUCCGCAGAGUCGAUCGUGUCUGCCCCAGGGUCCUUGUGCCAGGUCUUCCCACUGUUUAACUGUGUCAGCCAUAGAUGCAAAUUCUUCUUUCCGACUGAAAUAUUUAAAUUGAUGCAAGCUGGGGAGCACAUGCUUUGGAAAGGCUCCAGAUCCACACAGCCUGAUAUCCAAAUUAACAUUCCCACGGUGUUGACAGACAGAUGUGGCCAGAAAGUCAACAGGAGGGUCCCAAAGAGGCUCCUUGAACGGACUUACCGUGCUGCAGCAGUGGAGACUGUUGAUCUCUGCUGUGCCAUCACCCUGGGCCAGAAACUAGGAAUAGCUGUGCUGCAAAUCUAGAGUUAUUUAUUUACUUAUCAAAUUUAGGCAUCAGUAAAUACUUGGUGGAGACAAUAACACAAGCACGGAGCAGGCAGUAAGUAAUGGGGGAAACAUCUCCUUUAACAUAAUGUUUGCAAUGUAGUUUUUGUUGAAAGGCAAACGUUUUCCAUCCUACUUAUUGCAUCCUGUUGCAAUGAGAACAUUAGAAAUACUACUAGAGACAGUAAGAUAGGUGGUAAAAAGCACAUUGUAACUCAAAAGUAUUAACUAAGCAUGAAACUUGCGUGUCUACCAGCUUUGGGCUGCACAACACAGCCAGGCCAUGGAAUACCCUCAGAUAACCCUGUGCCAUGUGUUCCUGCUUACCCCCCUCACCUGCCAUCUGCUAUACAUUGGGAUAGGUAGAGAACAAGCAGCAAUCCAUACUGGACACCACGCGCUUCUAUAGGCUCUCCAAAUUGAGAGCAGGUGAUCCUGAUCAGAGCCAUUGCGUGCGCCGCUCAUGUCACACGUCAAGGCAGUUAAAAAAGGCACUGGAAAGAUGUAACGUGACGUGAUGCAACGCGGCAUGAUAAGAACACAAAUGCCUCAUCAUCUCGUCUCAGAUGGGAGGCAGCUGAUGGGAGAAGCAAAUUGGAAACUGCUGGAACAGCAUGGGCUGCUGACUGCCCAGAUUACCUUCGGCCAGCUCAGCACAUCUCAACACAAAAAUGCAAGCUCAGUUACAAGGAAUAGCAGGCAAGCCCCAGAAGGUCAGAUGUUCCAUUAACCGUCAGGAUUGUAGCCAAUCCAAAAGGUACUGAAGUCUGAUACCCUUAGGAACAGCCUCAAUUUAGCGACGGGGACAUCCGCGCUACUCCCCGAGAAAACGCCGGUAUUUGAGUUGAAGACCCUCAUUAUGGGAAUCUUGUCUUGCCAAAGUCAGGGGUGUCACCAGCGCUGGGGAUUCCGGUCCCCUCGCACUCCAAGGCUGUGCAAACAGGUAACGAGCUCCAGUCAACACUUCAGACAUGACAACUUAAAAUCAUUCUUAACAGAACCCUGAGCCAGGUAAAAAGCACUGGGCCAUUUCCACGCUAGGAACGCUCAGCACGGAGCUUCUGCCGGAACCAGAACGAUUCCAGAGCCCAGACAGCGACUGAAGGCUGCAAAUGAUACACACGUCAUGCUGUCAAUAGAGAUGGAAAAUAUUGAGCUGUCACCUGACUAAAUUGGAUAGAAUGGAAGGAUCAAGUACAUUUUUCUCCCCGGUUUAUUGGCAGAGAUGCAAGUGGCACAGACUGCUUCAGAAUAAAGAACACCCGAAGAGAUAUUUAGAACUUCUUGCUGACACUUUACAAAAAUAUCUCCUGUUACUAUUAAUUACUUAUCUUUCAUUUGAUGGGAUGCUAAAUUUAGUAUCUCAUCAUAUGUCACAGAUGUAUUCGGGCUUGACAAGAGCUCAAUUUUUAAUGGCAGAAAACAAAAAUCUGCCUUUUUAAAUGGAAGAAAAUAUUCCAGACUGCUUCAUGUCACACACGAUAAAGAGGAUAUUGGGCAAAAUGGGAAAAAUAUAUCACUGCAGAGUGGCUAUACAUUUCUGUGCUCUUUAAUAAUUAAACUAAGGCAUAUAUGAUUUAGCAAACACAUAUUUUGAUUUGAAGAGUGUUCCUAAUUAACGUGAAUUAAAUCAAAAUAAUUGCUCAGGCAGCCUUUUGUGCAGAUACAGCUCAGCACCUGGUGAGACAGAAACUACUUCAAACAGCUCAAUAGAUGAGGCCAAGUUAACUUCUCUAUUUAGCUACCAAUGGUUUUCUCUAGAUUUUUAAAAGACAUAUUACAUAAAAUAUGGAUUAACUUGCUUAUGGUCUAAAAGCACUGCAUAUCUAUAGAUAUCUUACCUGGCUGUGGUUAGACAAUCAGGGAUGCAUGAAUGAAAAUCUCCCAUCCAAAUACAGAAAGAUUUCUGGGGGAAAACAAAAAAAAAAGGUGUUAAUUACUAUGGAGGCAAAAAGAAGGAGAAAUUCUUUAGGAAAAACUUGAAGCUUUUAGCUACUUUUGAAUGUCUUAGUUGGGACCAUCCUUCCCAGAAGCUGUAAUUCAGUUCACUUACAUUCUUGUAUAAAGGAUGAUGGUGCCCUUCUGAUGUUUUCUGCUAAAUGGAAGCCAGCUGUGUUUUCCUCUGAAAAUCCUUUCUCUAUCAUUUUCAGUUGAUUAGUUCCACAGUAAUAAAAGAGCGAUAACAACCGGGUGUGUUGUUUCCAAACACCUCCACGGUCUCGGUGCUGGCAGCCCACCUGCACCAUCUCUGGGGGGGCCGGAGCUCCCGGUGGGCCACGCCGGCAGCACAAGUUGCACCUUUUGCGGAGCAGCUCGGUGCUCGCCGUGCAAACCCCCGUGCACGGGGGGCAGGAACAUCCGUGGCGGGUGCCCGGAGUCACCACCGGAGCACUCGGUUUGCUCCUCAGCCUUGUACAGCUGUCAAACUGGAGUUUGCUGGAAACUUGGCAGCAAAAGAGGAAAACCAAAAGAGCGAGAUGUUACAUGGCAAUGAUGACAGUGCUCAACACCCAUCUUUUCUAGCAAGCAUCAUUUUUAAACCAAUUAUAAUUUAGACAGCAAAGGGCACCUGCGAUACCUGAAGAACGAGAUCCGUGUCCGUUUGUACAGCACCGACCCCUCUCCAGCUCUCACCAAACGGCUGCUGGAACUGCACAACUCUUCCCCACUGCAAAGCAAGACAUUUUCAGGGGCUACUCGUACACAUCAGGCUUAUGAGCAUUAUUAAUUACACCCAUUAAAGGUGCCUAUCACUAUAGCAUCUGGUUACUAUCCAUGUUUGAUUAUUUAUUUAUAAAAAAAUUCUCCAACCUUGUGACAAUUUUAAUCAAGUGUUUCAGUUGAUAAUUGCAAGCUGUCAAGGUUAAUACAAUAAGGCUCAUCUCUAAUUCUUUUUCCAUUUCCCUCCAAGUAAAAAAAAAAAGACCCUCUGGGACAAUGACUGUGGUUUCUAUAUUCCCAACUCAUCAGGGAGUGUCCUGCAUUGAACCACCUUUAUUGAAAAGUUACAUCGAUUCAAUAUAUAGUAAUACAGGCAAAAAUAAUUACAGCUUUGCUAGCAGUGUAAGACCUUAAUCCAAACCUCACAAACAUUCAAUAAAAAGCGAUACAGGCUGGGAAUAAGCUUUUGACAGUGCAGCCCACGGGGGAGCGGUGCUGGGUGUGGAAAGAGAGAAGCGCAGAGCAGAGCUGCGCGAAACGGGAGAACAGACUCAACACCCUUGUGCUUGGCUGCAGGAGGGGAAGCUGCGAGAUUGGGACGGAACACCAGUCAAACAAUUGGGCUUUGCUGGUCUUUUCUGGGUUAUAUCAGAGUCGUACCUGAAUUUGUUCGCUGGUGGAUUCCAUCCCAACAACUUCUGAGGAGAAGCUCUGCUCUGCAGCACUCGCAGCAUGGAAUGGUGACAUGGACAAGGCGAGGAAAGCGGGGACUCGCUGCUUCCACAGGAGGAAAGGGAAAGGGAAAAAGGGAAAGGGAAAAAGGGAAAGGGAAAAAGGGAAAGGGAAAAAGGGAAAGGGAAAAAGGAAAAAGGGAAAGGGAAAAAGGAAAGGGAAAAAGGGAAAGGGAAAAAGGAAAAAGGGAAAGGGAAAAAGGGAAAGGGAAAAAGGAAAGGGAAAGUGAAAGGAUCAGCAGCGCCCCAGGGGUAUUACCUGCUCCUCCUGAUUGCAGGUGGCAGUUUCGCUGCUGCCAUCACCAGUUUGAGUCCAGGACUGCUAGACAAUAGAAUAUCUUUAAUUUUACAAAAAAAAAUGUACUUCCCCUUCAAUUUAAAGGACUUUCCAAAAUGUGGCAUCUACAAAUGUGCUUCAAAUAUUUCUAAGAGACAUGGCAGACACUCGGGCUUGGGCUUUGCUUUGAUCUGCUGGAGGUUUUCCCUGCUUAAAAAAAGGAAAUAAAUGUUGAUAACAAUAGUAUCAGAUAAAAACAUCUAUGCCGAUAAGGCCUGGCCCCCUGGGAACAGCUCACACUGCACUGGCUCGCACCUGCUCCUUGGUGCUACCAGAGCACCUCCGCACUUGUGAUGCAUCCUGGCUCCCCACUCCCCAAAACAGACGUACAAAUACUCACCUGCUUUAUUUGGGGUUAGGUAAACCGCCUGGUUGAAAAUCUGUUUGAGAAAUAAUAGCAAAUUUCUAAGCAAUUCAAAUAAGUAGAUAUUUGACUUCAGACUGUUUGGUUUCACUUUCGGUUAUCAGCCGAAACUGGCAGGGACUUCCAGCCCCGGUCACUGACUGAACAGGAAAAUACUUAUUUUCCUAUUGUAUUAAAUCAUAGCCCAUACCCACGGUUGUUUAAAACCAACACAGCUCCAAUGAAAGACUCAUGUUAGCUGAGGAUCUUGCUCUAAGCAUUUUUUUAAACACUAUGAACAUAGGGGUGAAAUUAACUCUCAGAGGAUGGGGCUUUAAACACAUGAAUAAUCCCACAAAUUCCAGUGAACAUAAAUCUCUGCAGGAUUAGGACCUUGCGCUGCACUGAGGCCGCUUUGAAAAUAUGACUCACUCAUUUGUUAUAUAAAUACGUAUAAACUUAACUCACCCCUCAACACCUUUGGGAACAGCACCAGUCCCAGGCAGCUUCAAAUGUUGCUGUUGUCAGUUAUGAAGAAAAUAGCUGCAAUUAAAGGUAGUGAGAGUGACUAAUAAAUAAUUUACAUAAGCCCAGCGUUCUGGGAACGUGCCAGGUAGGACUCCAGCGAUUCAGACACACGGGCUAAGCCAAGUGACAAAGAGCCCGGUCCAUUAUAUGCACUGCAGCUAAACGAGCAAACCCGGCUCUGGUCAUCGGCCAGUGAAUCCGGACUUGUCAUUCUCGGGCGAGGUCCCGUGAGCAGCGCAGGGGCCGAUUCCCCUUUGCUCUCACAUCUUCCUCACUCCCAACACAACCGUUCCUGCGAGGAAAUGAGGGAAGGGAGAUGCUGCUCGAUCCUGGUUUGCAGGAAUGAUUUUGAGUGUUCAGCCUGAGGGAGCGUGAAGUCUGAACUCUGGGAUCUCCGAGGACCCAGGAAUGGUUGGGCAUUGCUGAAACUCCAUGUACUGAGACCUGAAUUAAUCUUCUAUCCCCUUUAUCCAUUUAAGAACCACAAAUUGCCUUUUGGUGAAUAUACUAUGAAAGAACCCGUUGUCCCUUGUCUGUGCUCGUUGUCAGUCUCACAUCUUAGUUCUCACUAAAGCAUGAAAACAUUAAACUGAAGGUCUAGUUUAACCUGCAGACAGGGCCACUCCUGCAAUGUCACUGCACACAGCAGGGUGAAGGGCUCAAGUAUAUUUUGUUCCACACAAAUUUGCCAGAAUUUCAUGUUUGUCAAUUUUCUCUUUCAGCCAUGACCGGCCUUGUCGUUCCCCCGAUGUAAGGCCGAGCAGCUUUGCUCCUCUCCCUCUGCCCUUUUUUCCUCUUUUUUUCGUUCUUCUUUUACAGCACAAAACUACUUAUUGUGAUGGACCACUAAAAAAUAGCACUACAAGCUCUUUUUUUGGGGGAAAGCCAGGCCCAGGAAAACAAAACAAACACAAAGGAACAUUUUUUAUGGAUUGGACAAGACAGAAAUCGGCAUCUCUGACCUGUUUCAUAUUCCUGACACAACCACGUCAGCUCCGAAAACCGUGUGAGUGAAGAAGCAGCCAAGAGCCAGGACGAACAGCGGGAUCGGGAACGCAGAGCCAAGAAACCUUCCUAACAUUUGUAAAAUACUAAAAAGGUGAAAGAAAUUGGCAAAAUGAUUCAAGCUUGAUAUUUUGGAUACAAUUUGUUUUACUUUGUAGGGGAAAAAAAGUUGAAGUUUCUAUUUUCUAUCAGAUAUCGAUUUAGUUUAUGCAGAAAAAAAUGCAACAAAACAGGGUACCAGCAUGAAAGAAUUUCUAGGACAAACUGACAUGAAUGAUGGAACUUUGGUGUAUGUGUGUAUUUGCUUAUAGUUUAACCUCUUUAAAAAAUGUAAGAUGUUUUACAAUUAUUUAAAUAAAUAAACUUGUAACUUAUUGUAUGUAGAGGUAGAAAUUAAACCCUUUUUUGGAUUUUUUCCUCCAGUUGUACAAUGAAGAAAAAUGAUGCAAAUCUGUAGUGAUAAGUUUGAGAUAUUAUUAUUACUGCUGCAAUUGCUCCUCACUUCUUCCCUCCUACUGAACUCACGUGCAAGGAUGUACAGGAUUCUUUCUGAUUAGCAAAACUCACCAAAUUUGAUGUACGUUGUGGUAUCACUGAGUCACGUGCGACCUUCACCCUCCUCACCUUCCCCCUGCCGGCUUCUGUUUCAGCUCAGACAUCCAGGUACUGAGGUGAGGUGCUGAGUGUCACAGGCAAGCGGGUGGCACCGGGGGACCGAACGGACCGAGUUUCCAUGAUACCGCCUUGAUUCAGAGAUUCAGCGUAGGAAUGAGGAGGGAAAGGGUUCUCCAUGUCUUUCCGUGUAGUUAGAACACCUUACGUUCAGUUAUACUUCAUAUUAAGGGUGCAUUUAUAAAGGGUAACUAUGUAUUUGAAUGAUUUAUGCACUUUUAUCCUGAGUUGUUAAAAACGGUAAGUAUUUUCCAUAUAUAUAUUGAAGUUCAUAGAAGUAAUCAAUUGCUUUGAAUUUUUCUGCAUUUUAGCAUAAAGAAAAGUUUGGUUCCCCUUUGCGUGUCCUCUCCUGAAACUGGAAGGUGAGAACAAGGCUGAUUGAAAAUAUCACGAGUUUUCUGACUAAACCACAGACCACUCCAAAGAAUUCGAUUACUGGAAAGCCAUUUUUAGAGGAAAAGAGUAUCAGCUACCCUACUCACAGCCCCCUAAGUACACACGACUGAUUCGGAGCUGUUCCUAUGCUUCCAGCUUUAUCUUCAUAAAUAAACCCUUAAUAUGGCCCCAGCACUUGCCUGUUGCCAGUAGUUUAUGGAUGGGUAAGUGAAAGAGCGUUCUUGGCCAUCGGUACGUGUGGUAGGAGAUGUUUGGUGAUCUGGAGCUCGUUUGGAGCUAAUUAGGAUCACUAACAGCCUAGAAAGCCCUGUCUAGACUCACAGUUCCAAUCCAGCUGCAGCGACCCCUGACCACAAGGCCGAAAUGGCAAUUAGAAGCAAAUUUAAAUGGUGGGAACAAUGUGCUUUAAGUCAGGGUCUUGCAGUCACGCUACUGACAGUGUCUGUGUUCCAGAAAAAAGGAAAUCAAAGAACUCACCGCACAUUGCGGUCGCAAGGCCAUCGCGCUGCUGGUUCUCUGCAGGUCAGCGAGGCCACCAGCGUCACACACGGUCUGACCCGGGCAGUGCCGUUCACAACAAAAACCAACAAACAGGUAUUUCAUACGUUCAUAGGCGCCGGUACCCAGCAAGGGGAGGGACAAACGCAUGUUGGGAAUUCUGCAGCACACGGGACACAAGCAGAUUGAGGAUUACUGGAGCUGGGACUGAGACUUCCCGAAAUCCCAGUAAAUACCACAUUGAGUCCUGGAGUUCAACACCGUGAUGUUCCAGGCUCGUUUCUGAGACAUCUCCCACCUUCCCCCGUUUUAACCUAAAAAAUACCCCACACAGCCCCAAAGCAUCAACAUAGUGGAUUGUUUUUCCUCUGCCCUUCACGUUAAUUUUAAAGUCUAUCAGCUCUGCUUACACUCAAAAUUCUGCUCUGUCAAUUGUCCACCCUUCUGGUUUAAUUAUCAGUUAGUCUGUGCAGGCACAUACAAAGAUCACUGGAGUCUCAGGAAGGUUCAGGUAACGAAAAUCCCAGGCUGGCACACCAAGGAAAGGUCCUGACACGCUCCACGUUCCUUUCACACUUCAGUUAUUUCUCAGCUCUGUCCAGUUGCUCAAGUGGGAGAAUCGUGAGUCCCAGUGAAAAACAAAAUAUCCUGGAAAAGCUACUUUGAGUGCAUACAGGAAGAGAACCAAACGUAGCUGCCUAUAGUGAUGGAAACAUGGAAAAUGGGUUUUUCUGGCUUGAUUUGAGGCAAAUAAAUGAAAAUAAUUCAACACAGGACUGAUUUAGAACAUGGAUUUUGCUCAUGCAUGGAAAUGGUUGUACUCGAGAUGGGUGUAGAACGUACCGGUAGCUUCACAAAUGAAAAUGUGUGUAAAUAAAUGCAAUCAGAACCCUUGCCCAUGCAAGAAGGACUUUGGCAGUGGCAAAGCACCCAACCAAAUGGAAAAGUCACGUCAAACUUUCUGUGUAAGGAUUUGUCCGGUGUAAUAAAGCAAAUCUGUCCUCUCUUAGUUCUUGCUGCUCGAUAUUCCUGACAGCUUUCCUUUCUGCCUCUAGAAAAACAGAGUGUUGCGAUAGGUAACCGCAGAUUUGCUCUGAACGAGUACCAUUUCAUGAUUCCUCUGGGUAUAGCAUCUUACUCCCUGUUUCUUUGCACACCUCAACAUGCAUGGUUUUGAAAGACCAUUUUCUCCCUUCUGUAAAUUAGGGCCUCAUUUCUCCCUACUGUAUAGUUUUGGGGUUCGUUUGGGGUCGGCUGGUUGUUUUUUGGGGUUUUUUGCUUUGUCCGUUAUAUCCGGUAUGAAGUUGCUAUGCACAGAGCUUUUGUAAAGAUAGCUUUUUUGGUUUACUGUUUUUAAUGGUCCUACUUAUGGAAUAAUAUCUUGUUUGUAAAAUGAAUAUGUCUACUUCCGUUUUAAACUUUAAAUUAUCCUAACAAAAAAUAAAAUUUUUGUACUGUAAA